AUGGACUACUCUUUGACUACUCCUACUCCAACCACUCUCACAACACAAUCGCAACAAAGUGGGCAAAACACCAUACCUCCAGAAAACAACAAACCAAUCAGGGCUCCUGUGCCCAUUCCAGCUAGGCUUUCUGGACCUGAAAACACACUUACAACUGAGCUCAACCCAUUAAUGGCUGACAACCUAGCCCUUUUACCUGACUCUACUGCCAACUCCUACCAAGACUUACCUAUGGACACCCACUCAAAUACUACAAUUGAAUCUUUACCAAAAAGAUCCUAUGCUACUGCACUUACGGUUCUUAAAGAUCUAGCAACACAAUGUACCGAUGAAUUUGACAAACUUAAAUGGCACAAUGACUACAUUAUCUCUGCAUUUGAAAAUAUUACUAAACUUCAAGAAUUCUUUAGCUACUUUAACCUCUGCUUACGACUCUCUUCUAAACCUUUACCUUCUUCUCCAUGUGGCAUUAUCGAUAAUAUCA